ACUUUGUCAUUAUUGUGUUCACCACCACAGAAAGAUUUGUCUCUGGUGCAAUUUUACGACAGGUUAUGCAUUGAUUAUCCAGAUCAGGCUUUCCACAUGCUGAAUGUUCACAGAAAUUACUGCUAUAGGCUGGGAAACUACCAUGGUCCCUGAUGGUUCACUAUGUGAAUCAGCUCUUACACCAUUCAAAUUCUUACUGUGGUUGAGUGUCUCAUCACCGUACUGUGCUUGAAGUCUUCUGUAGAUAUCCAUGGGUUUUAAGCCUUCAGUCACAAGAAACUUCAUCACCACAUGCUGUUCUAAGCACGCACUAACACUGUUGUCUGCCAU